UUCAAUUCAUUUCAUCAUCAGCUCGGCUCCUCUUCCUAUUGACUCCGACUCAAAACAUAAAACACACCACCCGUCUCUUUCUCCCCCACUUUCUCUGCCUGAUUCUCCUUCGAUUUUCCCGAUAAGAAAUCUAGCUUUUCGAAACCUCGUUUCACUGUCGCGUACUCGCACGUAUUUGUACACAUAUAUAUAUAAAUACAUCUUCACAUGGAUCGUAGGAGGACGGGGAGCCCGGUCUACUCGCGGCAGUGGAGUGGUGGUUCUAGCAGCACGGGAUCGUCCUCGCCGGCGAUGUCUCCGGCUCACCCUAGCUCGCGGCUUGGGACAGGUAUGUCUACCAUCAAGCGCACUCAAAACGUUGCCGCGAAGGCCGCUGCUCAGCGGCUUGCUCGAGUGAUGGCGUCGCAGACCGCCGAUGAUGAUGAGGAGGAUGACGAUCUAGGAUUCCGAUUCAGCGCUCCGCCUCCCCCGGCGCCGUCGAGUUUUAGCAGCAGUCUUAAUCACAGCGCAAGUAAUAAUGUUUCACCAGCUAUUUCGGUUGCCAGACCUAAUAGAUCUCCAUCUCCUGCGUUAGGUCGAAACUUUGCAGAACAUGUUCCUUCUGUGCGCUCCACGUCUGCUGGAAGGCCAUCAAUGUCUGUUCGUACGGCGACAUUGGUACCACCGAGUAAACCGACAUUGAGAACUCCCGUUUCUAUACCUCCCAUUGAGCCUCCUUCUAAUAGGAAUAAAGAAAAAAGGUUUAGUUCAGAUGUGGGACAACUCAAGACAAAAGAUGCAGGUGAUCAGCGUGAAGCUUCAGCACUUCGUGAUGAGCUUGAUAUGUUACAAGAAGAGAAUGAAGUUUUACUUGAUAAGCUUCGUCAUGCAGAGCAAAGGCAUGAUGAGGCAGAAGCUAGAGCUAGGGAGCUUGAGAAACAGGUUGCUGCACUUGGAGAAGGUGUGUCCCUGGAAGCUAAACUGUUGAGCAGGAAGGAAGCAGCACUUCGUCAAAGAGAGGCUGCUCUUAAGGCUGCAAAACAAACUAAAGAUGGGAGAGAUGAAGAAAUUGCAGCCCUUCGUGCUGAGCUUGAGAGCUUGAAAGAGGGAGCUGUUGCAGCUGUGGACCAGUUCCAAGAAGCAGAAUCUGAAGCAAAAGCUCUUCGAACAAUGACACAGAGAAUGAUUUUGAGUCAGGAAGAGAUGGAGGAAGUUGUCAUGAAGAGAUGUUGGCUUGCUCGCUACUGGGGCUUAGCUGUACAGCUGGGCAUUUGUGCUGAUGUGGCUGUAGCAAAGCAUGAGCAUUGGUCUGCUCUAGCUCCUCUUCCAUUUGAAAUUGUCAUUUCUGCUGGACAAAAGGUUAAGGAGGAGUCUUUGGAUAGAGGUAGUGAUGAUCCAGAUAGGAGUAAACCUGCUCGUGAUAUGGGUGACCUAACAGGAGAAGGAAAUAUUGAGAGUAUGCUUUCUGUUGAAAUGGGAUUGAGGGAAUUGGCUUCUUUAAAGGUUGAAGAUGCUGUUGUGCUUGCACUUGCCCUGCACAGACGACCAAGUUUGAGGUCAGCAGUUGAUCCCAAGUUUACGGAGGCCUUUGAAUUGAGUGACGAGGAGGCUGAAGAUGUUAUUUUCAAAGAGGCGUGGCUAACAUAUUUUUGGAGAAGAGCCAAAGUGCAUGGUGUGGAAGAGGAUAUUGCAGAAGAGCGGCUUCAGUUUUGGACCAGUCGCAGUGGACAGUCACCAACUUCACAUGAUGCUGUAGAUGUUGAGCGAGGCUUGUUAGAGCUGAGGAAGUUGAGCAUAGAGCAACAACUUUGGGAAGCAUCUAGGAAAGAAAUUGAUCUGCCCUCUUCAAGCUUAUUUUCUAAUCAUAAACCUACCGCAGAUUCAGAGACUUCUUAUUGAUUGUCACUUUCACAAGUUACGUAUAUCCCUUUUACAUCCUUGUAGCUUGCUUGUGUCAAUAUUGUGAUUGUAAUUUUUCUUUAGUUUCCGUAUUUCAUAUUUCUUUCCACAUUCAAUUUUGUUGCAAACUUGAUAUAAUUCCUUCAAAUAGGAAUUUUUCUUUCACGUGGCAAUGCCAUAUUUGGCGAUAUAGUUAAUUUUUUUAUGCUAGAAUCAGUGCUAUAAUUACUGUAAUCUCUUGACAGAGCCAUGGGGCCCGUAAAGAUGUUAAUAUGACAGGUUGUAUAUGGGGAGUGAAAUACUCUUGAUUAUUCUUAAAGAUUUUUCAUAUUUACAGGAUCAA